AAUUUGACAGUUUGUUUUUCUAUGGUGUUUUGAGAGUUGAAUCUGUAUGGUUGUUUAACGAUUUCUCCUGAGCUGUCCAAAAACAUCUCUUAAACUUUUUAACUAGUGAAAGUUUUGGAACUUGCUCAGAUAAUGAACCGCAAGCCAGUAACAUCAAAAAUAAACAGUGGAAUUCCAAAAACUGUGAGCUACAUCCCGGAUCAUCGUUCAAAUAGCCUCUCGAGAAAAUCAUCCCAAGGUUCGGUAGACAAUAUUGCACGAAGUACCUCAUCUGCCAGCAGCGUUGGUAAAAUCAACAACCCCAAUCGCAACGAACCAAAUUCGGGAAAAUCAGCAACUCCCGGUCGACGUCCCCGAACUGGAAGUGUCAUAUCGACCAAAGCUCCUUCCCUACCGGAAGAACCAUCUCGUACACGACGCCUCGGUUAUCGGCCGGCAUAUUUGAGAAACCGGAAGUCCGAAAUAAAUGCGGCAGUUUCGCGCGACCCGAAAAUAGAGGACGAAAAACCUCCAACUUUGGUGCCAAGUGAGCCAAAGCCUCUGAUCGAACGACAACGCACCUUCGAUAAACAGGUGGAAAAUAUGCGGGACUCGAUUAGCUCGACACUUAAAUUGGUAGGUUUGGAAGUUCGCGAGCAGUUGUGCGGUGGAGAUAGAAUGAAUUUGAACGAAACCCGAUUAUUGGAGUUGGCUCUUAAGGACCUCUUGGAAGAAAAGCGGUUGCAGGAAGCCGAAAUCGCCUGGCUAAAAGAUGAAUCAAAAUCUCAGCUCGAGCUCGGUACGAAAGAUCGACAACGAAUUGCUGAAUUGGAAGCAUUUGUCGAUCAAAUUCCACAAGAGAUGAAACGUUUGUGUGAGGAAAUCGAUAAAAGAGACAAGGAAAUUGAGCUGCUGAAGAAAAAUCAAGGUGAACCGGAUUUACCUACGAGAUUUGUCGAACUUCAGCAAGACAGAAAUGAUUUGAGUCGACAAGUAGAAAAAUUGCUCGAAGAGGUCGACGAAUUGAGGGCAGAAAAUCAGACCCUCCGGAAGAAAUUUGCUAGCGCACAGGCAGAAAACGCAACUCAAAGCGACCAGGAUUCCGAAGUGGAACUUUGUGAACCCCAAGAUAGUGAGCUAGUUAUCCAGCAUCUCAGACGAAAUAUAUCAAAAUCCAAGACAGCUCGUACCAUUCUCAAAGAGCAAGUGCAAAAACUGAAAGAAGAAAAUCGUCAGUUAAUGGAUUGUUUGGAAAACGAUAAGCGAGGGGAUUCCUUGACAAGCCUGCAGUCCUCUCAGAAUACUGAUUAUUCUUCCUUAGAGGAAGAUACAAUUCCGAAUCAAGGCACCACAGAGGAAGAUCAGACUGAUGCUAGUGAAGUUAUAGAUCGAUUCGACUUUUUGGAAGAAUCGAGGGACCAAAAAAGAAUGAAAAAAAGAACAAUUGAGGUGAAAAAAUACGAAUGCUAGGGUCCACUAAAUUAUUAGUUGUACAAAGUUGAAAAU